GCAUACAAAAGAUUAUGAAUAAACUUUUUAAAAAGGCACGUAAAAAGAAAAAAAAUAUGAAGAAGAAAAAGAUAGAUGCCAAUAUUGAACAACUUGAAAUGGAUUUAUUAGUACAGAAAUUUAUAACGGAAAAUCUGAACGCAAGCAAAUUAUUAAAACUAUACGAUGACUCUGUCAAUGAUUACAUUUCCCCAAUGCACACUGAUGUAUGUGGACAGCUAGGAAGUAUAAUUUUAAGUUAUAUGUUCGAGAAGGCAUACAAAGCAUCGAUAAAUCACGACAUAUCAUUUUUUCAAAAAUACUUACCUCGUCUGAAAUAUAGAAUUCAAAAUAUGAUUCAAAAGG